AUGAGGCCGCCCGAGCCUGAGGCAGCACUCUACGGAAAGUGUCACGUGGAGAAAGAGAGAGCGAGAGACACUCUGAAAAGGAAGCGGGACGUCGUCCGUCCAGUCCCGCGCGGCAUGGCUGCGGACGCGGCGUCCAGUUUCACCUUCUGCCGGCCCGCCGCCGAGUACCAGGUGCCGCCCAACGAGCGGAAACGGCAGCCUGGCGGCCGGACGGGGGGCAACCUGACCUGGCACGACGGACGGGGGCGCGGAGCGACAACGGAGGGAGGCCGCGCCGUCAAGCUGCUGCGGCGGCCCGGCACAGAAGCCCGGCAGUACGGUUGCGACGACAAUUACGGCGUGUACAACACCAGCCCGGCGCCGCAGAGCCGGGCCCGGCCAGCAGUGCUGUGGACGCAGCAAGACGUCUGCGGGUGGCUGAAAAAGCACUGCCCUCACAACUACCUGGUGCUGGUGGAGGUCUUCUCCCAUCACGCCAUCACAGGUCGGGCGCUGCUCCGUCUCGAUGCCGACAAGCUGAAGAGGAUGGGCCUGGUGCAGGACACGCUCAGGCGUCAGCUGCUCCAGCAGCUUCUUCAACUGCAACUUCGGGAGGAAGGUCGCAACCUGCGACUGCUCACCUCGCCUCCAGGUUUCAAUGGGAAGAGGUCGUAA